CGGCCAAACUGGGCAUCUUUGCGGGACCGGCAGAGCGCAGCGUGGAGCGCGCCGCGGAGCCGGAGACCGGGGACCGAUGAUGUGGCCGACGACGAUUCUGCUGCUCCUGGUGCUGCUGAGGCGCGGGGCGCAGGCGAAGCCGCCCCCGGACGCGGGCCCGCAUGGCCAGGGCAGGGUGCACCAGGCGGCACCCCUGAGCGAAGCCCCGCACGACGACGCGCACGGCAACUUCCAGUACGACCACGAGGCCUUCCUGGGGCGGGAAGUGGCCAAGGAAUUCGACCAGCUCAGCCCGGAGGAGAGCCAGGCGCGGCUGGGGCGGAUCGUGGACCGCAUGGACCGCGCCGGCGACGGGGACGGCUGGGUGUCGCUGGCCGAGCUGCGCGCGUGGAUCGCGCACACGCAGCAGCGGCACAUCCGGGACUCGGUGAGCGCGGCCUGGGACACGUACGACACGGACCGCGACGGGCGUGUGGGUUGGGAGGAGCUGCGCAACGCCACCUAUGGCCACUACGCGCCCGGCGAGGAGUUCCACGACGUGGAGGACGCCGAGACCUACAAGAAGAUGCUGGCUCGCGACGAGCGCCGCUUCCGGGUGGCGGACCAGGACGGCGACUCCAUGGCCACGCGGGAGGAGCUGACGGCCUUCCUGCACCCCGAGGAGUUCCCGCACAUGCGCGACAUCGUGGUCGCCGAGACGCUGGAAGACCUGGACAAGAACAGAGACGGCUUCGUCCAGGUGGAGGAGUACAUCGCGGAUCUGUACUCGGAGGAGCCCGGGGAGGAGGAGCCGGCCUGGGUGCAGACGGAGCGGCAGCAGUUCCGGGACUUCCGGGACCUGAACCAGGACGGGAAGCUGGACGGCAGUGAGGUGGGCCACUGGGUGCUGCCCCCCGCCCAGGACCAGCCGCUGGUAGAGGCCAACCACCUGUUGCAUGAGAGCGACACGGACAAGGACGGGCGUCUGAGCAAAGCCGAGAUCCUGGGCAACUGGAACAUGUUCGUGGGCAGCCAGGCCACCAACUACGGCGAGGACCUGACCCGGCACCACGACGAGCUCUGAGGCCCCUGAGGACUGGCCCCUCCCCGUUUCGGCCGCUGCUGCCCCCGGGGGCUCCCAGGGACCCCCAGGGGCUGCGUCUCUGCCCUCCCAGCCGACCUCAGGGGCUCUCAGAGAAUCCCGGGGGCGAGUGACCCCGAUCUUCAUCCAGCGCAGACCCAGGCCCGCUCGCCCCGAGCCCAGCCUAGGAGAGCGUCCACCAACCCCCAGCCUCCAGCGCAUGGACCAUGGGACUCCCCUGGCCACAGACAAUAAAAUCCUGUGCAAAGGCCCUGAGGCAGGAGGGAGCUGGGGCCUGACAGAGGAGGUCACCCCCUCCACCGGCCAGGAACAGGCUACACCAACGCAGGGGACUGGCGGUCAGGCGAGGCUGAGCCUGGAGGGGAGCCCCCGGGGCUGGAGGCUUGGGGGUCACCUGGAAUGCGGGCUGCUCCCGGAGGGGUUCAGACCGAACGGCCGAGUCGCCCCCUGCGUCCGUGUGUGUCCAUUCAUCUGUUUGACCCUGAACUGUGAAGUCUGACCUUCCUGACUUCAGGUUUUUGGUUCUUUUUUCAGGUUUAGCUGGGCUUCUUGGGGUCCCCCCGGAGUGGUUCAGGGGCAGUAGCUAUUGGAGCAAACUUUGUAUAAAUAAAUGGGUUCCUCCCGUCCCGGUCUCUUA